GCCACCCCUGCCUUUUGCACUACGACUCAGACCAGAACCAGCCAUGGCCCAGAGACCUCUCACCAUCUCAGCCGCUGAAAAAUUCAAUUUCGUUGCACAAGAUGAGAUCUGGAAAUGCCGCCUUAAAGCUGAAGCCGAAGCACGACAUAAUUGGGCUAAGAAGUGGGGAUUUUUAACACUCACUAUGGAGGAGUUGCUGAGGAGAGAAGGGGAAGUACCUAAGCCUCCUAAGCCCAAGAUAGAACUUCCAGGACAUUUACGCAUCCGGCCUGUGACACCAGUGGAACAAUAUAUUAAGGUCUACCCAUCACCACCAGUUCCUCAAACUACUCAGGGUUUUAUUGGUUGGAGAUCCACAGUUCCUGGUCUGGAACUUGAGAAAAACUACAAGAUUUUAAGCUGUAAAGGCAUCUUUGCCAGACAACUUCAAUGGCCUGAGUCAGGAAUCUACUGAAGCUAAGAGGAUGAUGUGGGGCUGUGUCUCCUCAAAGGACAUGGGAAACCUGAUCAUUUUAAGACUAACAAAAAGUUAAAAUAACUAUGUGAAUUGGUAAAAAACAAAAACAAAACAGAACAAAACAAAACCAAAACAAAACAGUAUAAUGACAGCACAGACUCAAAAAAAAAAAAAAAUAACCUGACAAAAAAAAUUGUAAACUUUUUGGAAUUCAGAUAGGUCACAUUCACUUCAAGAAUCCAGGUAGAUUUAUUUUAUUUAAAGAAGUAUCUUGGUUUUAAUUUAUUUUUUUCUUUAUGGUCAAAAUGCCUAUACAUGCAGAGUAUUUUCUAAUGUAUUUUUUAUGAAAUUGUGAGUAUUUCUAUGGAUAUUAUGUUAUCAUAUUAUGAAUAUUAUUAUGUGGGUUAGUAUCCAACAUGGGUAUAUAUACAGGUAUUCCUUCCACAUCAUUGGGGUUAUGAACCCACUGGUCCUAAGGAGUUAAAUUUUUUGGCCUUCCCUUCAUACCAGAGAAGAAGUCUAAAUUAUCAUGGUAUUAAAAGAUAAAACAUGUUAAUUUUAUACCACACUAUACAUAUAUUUCCUGCAUUUCUGAGCUUCUAAACUUUUUCUGUGUUAUCUCUUUGCUUUCAUAUAUUGUCUGUAACUUCCACAAAACUCCCCCAAAAUUCCCAUUUGAUUUGUUAUGCUGACUCAUGAUGUAUCAAAACCAUGAUGGGGAAAGUUGUGAUGUGGAAGGGAUAACUAUAGUCAUUUUUCUUUUUUAAAUGAAAGAAUGAGCAAUUAAGGUCUCUCUUGUCUCUGGAAUUAGAGGGUCAACUUUUACCUUGCUCUCCACUGUUAACAAACAAAAAUGGAGGGAGGAUAUAGAGUUUCUCUUCUGAGGCUAGAGUUAGACACUAGGAAUGACUGUCAGAAGCUACACUCAUCCACAUGUACAAGCACAUACACAUAUAGAUAUCCUCUAGGGAAGAUAUAGAUAUUAAACCAGUUUAAAUUGGCUUUGAUGCUGCUGUACCUUAGUCAAAUUGGCCCAAUCGCUGUAUCAGUUCUAGGAUAGUCAAAAAAGACAGAGUGGCCAGAGAACUCCUAGGAACUUUAGUAGCUUGACUGUAGUAGUACAGUUUUUUCCUCUCUUUCUUUGUUGGUGUUGUAUGUGAUUUAGUCUAUUGUGCAGCCAAGAAAGCAGUGAUUUUCCCCCUAUUUCCUUCUGUUUUGCCAUAGGAGUCUUAUGAUGGGGUUCUGUAUUGCUUGGGAGUCCGAAUGCAGAGCAGGUCCAAGGUUGGACCAGUUAUCCAACUGAGUGGUAACAUUCUAGUUGGGAACUUUGAUCUCAGAGUCAUACUUCUGAUCUUCAUAGUUGAACUUAACCUCCCUUCACCAGAAAAGAUUGCCCAUCAGUGGGUAUUUUUGUGACUUGAUGAUAGUAUAUGAGGAGGAUCACUGAGGCAAGGCUCAGGCCUGAUUUCUGAUUUCUGGCUUGCUUUGAGUGCUCCCCAACCUUGCUACAAUAAUGACACAACUUAGUAAUAGCAUAAUUAUAACAUUGACAUAUAUCGUGUUUAUACUAUGUAAUUAUAUGACCUAUAGUAAUAAAGUUGACAGUGAUGAUGAAAAUAACAUCUUCGAUAUGUAGAUAGUUCUAUGCUUUCCUCUUGAAAUAGAAGUGAUGUAGAAACAAUCACCAUCCCCAAUUAAACUUUUUCCCAUUCCUGAAAAAGGAAAAACAUUUCCCUUUCUAAAGUCCAUGUUGGCAUGGAAAUUGUCUCAUGGAGACACUAACUCAAGAGUUGGUCACAGAAGAAAUGUGAUUUUCCCAAAUAUGAUUAUUUCUGAGCCUUGCCUUCUUUCUGGAGGCUAAUACUUGCCAGGUAAGGGAAUAACAUGGCUAUAACUGGUACAAAAAGCAGAAAAACUGGCCAAAUAUUUUAUCCUUCUUUCUCUGAGGACAGAGAAUCAGUAGAAAACCUUUCAUCUGUCAAUGAUAUCUUGUUCAUAGGUUGUACCAAGCAACAUUGGUCUUUAUACGAUAUAAAGGAUGUGUGUUAUGGGUCCUUGGGCCAUUUUGUUCUGGAAUAAGUCAAAAGAGAGGAAAGACUGAGAGUGAAGCUCUCAAGCUUCAAGUUUUCUGGCAAUAGCUAUAGCAAAUAACUGAAGAAUAACACAGGAUUCAAUAAACAGACAAGAUCAUUCUUA